UUUUGUUAAAGGACUGGAUAAAAGAUCCUAACGUGCUUCUAUACCCACGAAGAUGCGGAUGAAAAUGAAUACUGAAGCUAUUUGAACACAAGAAGUCACCGUUUAGUCGCCGAAGAUAUGGCUUCACGGAGCUAUGGCGUUUGUGUCCUCUGUCAGAGGGCGGUUGUUGUGAAGAUAAUGUGUAGGGGUAUGAGGGCAGCUGCACACCCACAGUCCCAUGUAGAUUUCCUAAAAGGAGAACCACACAGGAAGCACCCAGGCGUGACCAACCUGAAGACUCUGCGCCUACCUGAAGAGCUCCAGAUGGCUGCACGGUCAAUUAUUCACAGAGCUCAGGUGACUCGGCUGACUGACCGCUCUCGCAGCCUUACAAACUUCCUGUGGAGCAGAAAACGAGCAGUCGAGGAUUCGACCCUGAGGCAGAAAGCUCUGACCCUGGAGAAAGAACUUUGGGAGAAGGCAAUGGAGAAAAGAGAAGAUAUAGAUGAAGAAACCCUUGAAGACCGCAUCAGGAAGAAAGUGUUUUCAGAGCUCAGACGAACCACAUAUCGCUGGACUCCUAUGAAGUUUGAUGAAGAGUUAGGUGUGGUGUACAUGGCAGCUCGGCUGGCUGGGGGCUAUGCAGCAGUGAGGAGAGCCAUGAAUGAGAUAAAGAAGAGGGAUCCAUCUUUUGCCCCUCAGUCUCUCCUGGAUUUUGGAUCAGGGCUGGGAACAGUUGUCUGGGCUUCACACUCAUGCUGGGGCAACACUUUGAAGGAGAUGGUGUGUGUGGACAGCUCUGGGCCGAUGAAUACUCUAGCAGAACGACUUCUUAAAGGUGAUGAUGAAAACGCUGAACCGCACAUCAAACAAGUCUAUUUCAGACAGUUCCUCCCUGUCUCUCCAAAGGUGCAGUUCGACUUGGUAGUGGCAGCCUUCACUCUGUCGGAGCUUCUCAAUGGGACGGAGCGAGAAGAGGGAGUGUUAACUCUGUGGAGAAAGACAAACUCAUACCUGGUUCUGGUUGAAAAUGGGACCAAAGAGGGCCAUCAGAUGCUCAUGGAGGCCAGAGACACUUUAUUAAAGAAAAAAGAGAAGACUGCUUAUGACAACCGACCAGCGUCAGUGUUUGCUCCGUGUCCUCAUGAAAUGACGUGUCCUAAACUUGUGCAUGAGCCCGUCACGCCCUGCAACUUCCAGCAGAUGUACCAUCCUCUGCCACUGCCCGGGCACAAUGAGCGGCAGACGGAGAAGUUCAGCUACCUGAUUCUGACUCGGACAGAGCCAGCGGAGACUGAAACAGAAGGUGUGGACUGGGCACGGCUGACUGCACCGGUACAGCGCAGAUCAAGACACGUCCAUUGUCGAAUGUGCUGCCCCGAUGGACAACUACAACACCUGGUUUUGACAGCAAGAAAACACAGCAGAGAUGUGUACCGCUGUGCCCGGAGCAGUGAUUGGGGAGAUCAACUGCCAAUGAUUCAGAGAGUUGAUGAUGACAUCCAAAGUGAUUCAGAGUGAGGAUUCAGCGAGGAAGAGACACAUUCUUUGGCCUUAUAGACACCCUAUAACGGAAUAAGCCUGCCGACUAAGGCCUCAUCAGUUUUUAGUUUAACAGACCAUCUGCAUUUACUUACUGGAGUUGUUAAAAUACCGGCACAUUUGACAGACUUU